AUAACCAAAUAAUAACUUAAAUAAACUAGAGGUUCUUGAGUAAACGUUAAGAAUAUCAUGAACUCAAAAAUAGUUGCAGCCUGUCUUUUACUGGCCUUUGCCAUUACAUCCAGUCAAGCGGCAAAACCGAAUAAUGCCUUAAAUGUCAAGUACUUAUGCCGUUCCAGGCCCGAUGGUUUUCAGGCAAUUGUACCAGGAGUCUGUGAUCAGUAUUACGAAUGUUUAGGUGGAAAAACCCAACUGAAAACCUGUCCACGUUUCUACGAUUUUACGAAAAAGCAAUGCGUUUACAAUAAUCCUGGCUGUGUGCCGACUGAUACGAAAGCACGUGAUAACAAGCAUCCUUGCUCUGGCAUUAGCGAUGGUGGUUACGCUGUGGAUCCCAAAAACCCUGCAGUUUACUAUUUGUGUAAAAAUAAUGAUAAGGAAAAUACACUUCAGUGCAAAGACGGCCAAGAGUUUGAUUUGGUGAAAUUGGUAUGUGCUGAACCAUCGACAAAUUCAAAUAAACCUUGUGUAACAACCAAGGCUCCUUGUACCACAACAAAAGCUCCUUGUAUUACAACAACAUGUUCUACAACUAAAGCUCCUUGUACCACAACUACUUGUACCACAACAACUUGUACCACAACCACUUGUACCACAACUACUUGUACCACAACAACUUGUACCACAACCACUUGUACCACAACUACAUGUACCACAACUACUUGUACCACAACUACUUGUACUACAACAACUUGUACAACAACAACUUGUACCACAACAACUUGUACCACAACACCCUGUACCACAACAACUUGUACCACAACUACUUGUACCACAACACCCUGUACCACAACAACUACACCCUGUACCACAACAACUACACCCUGUACCACAACCACUUGCAUUACAACACCCCCUCCCUGUUAAUGCUAUUAAAAUAUAGUGUUGCUAUAAAUUCCUUAAAAUAAACUGAAA